AUGAGUAUAUCAAUAAGAUUAAGAAGUAAAGCAGGUCAAGAGAAUAUUAAAGGGUUAGAUGGAAACUGUACUCUUAAAUCAUUCCAAGAGACCAUUGCUCAAAAGACUGGUAUCGCUCCUUCAAAUCAAAAAAUAUUGGCUGGAUAUCCACCUAAACCAUUAGAUACUAUAAAUAAUCAAGAUAGUCCUAUUAGCUCAUUUAUUACAAAUGGUGAUUCAUUGACUGUUGAAGAAUUGGCUAGUACUACACCACCACCUGUAGUAUCUGCACCACCAUCCUCUAAUUCUAAUUCCUCAUCCAAUCUUGCAGCUGGAACCUCCUCAUCAUCUUCAGAUGGUUAUGUUAUUAGAAGAUUAACAGAGAAUGAUAACAGUUGUUUAUUUAGUGCUGUUGCAUAUGUUUUAGAGAAUAAGAAUCGUGGACGUGCAUCUCAUCUUAGAUCUGUCAUUGUUCAAUCUGUUAAAAGUGACCCAUUUACAUUUAAUGAAGGCUUUUUGGGUAAAGAAAAUAGUGACUAUUGUAAAUGGAUAACUGAUCCAAAACAUUGGGGUGGAGCUAUUGAAUUAUCUAUACUAUCACAACACUAUAAGAUUGAAAUUGGUGCAUUUGAUAUUGCUACAAAGAUUCUAUAUUGUUAUGGUGAAGAUCAAAACUAUACCGAUAGAGUUUAUGUCAUUUAUGAUGGAAUUCAUUAUGAUGCACUGUCAAUAUGUUUAGUUAAAGAUGGACCAGAAGAUUAUGAUAUUACACAAUUUAGUUCAAAAGAUAAAUCGACACUAGAAAAGAUGAAGAGUUUUAUCGAUAGGGAAAAUAAGGAAGGUAACUUUACAGAUACUGCCAACUUCCAACUAAUCUGUUUGGAAUGUAACAAAAUACUUAAAGGUGAAAAAGAAGCUGCUCUUCAUGCAGGUCAAACUAAACAUGGUAAAUUUACUGAACUAAAGAAUAAGCAAUAA